AUGGAUGGUAGUUAUCCAACAAGUCUUUUGGGACUAGCAAAUAUUAUUGAAUUGCUUCUAUUAGGUGGUGGUUUUAUUUCUGUAUGUAUUGCAUCAACCGGAUGGGCACAACUCGUUGAUUUAAUAUCAAAAAAUUCUACAACACAGUCGGAUCAAACUGUAUUCUAUGAUGUAGAUGCAUAUUCGGUUAAACAAGCAGAUCAAGCAAUUCUAAUGAUUAUAUUUGGUUUAACAUUAUUCACAUUUUUGGCUCAUAUUCUACUCGGAUUAAGAAAUAAAUUUUCUUGGCGAAGAAUAUCAGUGGGACUUGGUCUACUAUGUAUUUUAUAUAGUCUAUGUUUAUUCGGGAUAUCAGUUGUCGUUGCUUGUUGGGAAGAUAAACUCAGACGAAUAAUGACCAGUACAUAUUUGGGAAAUCAAUUUUGGCCCACACCAAAUGGAAUUGUUAAACCUCAAACUGGAGCAGCAGCUGCAGCAGCCACAUUUGGUUUUGCUGCGUCUGUCCUAUUUUUGGGUGAAUCACUAAUAAGAUUUCGAAAACUUGGCGAUAAAUCGAAUACUUAA